AUGGUCGGUUUGGGCAACAUGAGCAUAGCUCAUUUGCAUUACAACAUGGACGAAGAUCUAGUCGAAGCCUUCACUCGUCUCGAUGUCCAAGCUUCAUCGUAUGUUGCGCGUAGAGCACCGGCGAUAACGAGGCAGCCCGUUUUCGACAGCUCGUCUGUCUUUGUUGAAGUGAACAACGCCGAAGAACACCUGUACCAGGAACUCAACUGUGUGUGGAGCUUCCUGCGGAAUACGGCCGAGGAUUACCGCUACCGGGAAGCAAAUUUGAUACCGCUAGAUGUCCUAGCGCAAGCUCAAAGUAUUCAGUCAAGGCUCAGACAAUGGGAGACUGCAUUCAUGCCUUUUUGGGCCGUUUAUCAAUCAGAGACCUCGGAAGGAGCUCACCAGGCAAAGCUGCUUCGAAUCUAUCACGAUACAGCUACUGUUCUCAUGGCCGACGCCCUACAUCCUGUGGAGGUGGUCUUUGAUGCCUUCGAUGAUACUUUUCGGCGCAUUGUCCUUCUUUCAGAGGAGUUGCUUCGCAAAAAAUUUGCCGGCUCUUCAGCAAACACCUUUUCCAUCGAAAUGGGUAUUGUUUACCCGUUGUACCUCACAGCCGUCAAGUGCCGCAUCGUCGAUCUUCGAGCCAAAGCAAUUCAGCUUCUUUUAUCUGUCCCACAGCCGGAAGGCAUUUGGGAUGGGAGGGUCAUGGCCAAGAUCGCGGAACAAGUCAAGCAGAUCGAGGAGGAGGGACUUCACGCAACCUUCUUGAACGUUCACAGGGUGCCAGAAUUUCGUCGCGUUCAUGCCAUAGGCAUCGACAUUGAUGCGAAAGCUCGGACAGCCGAAUUUUCUUGCAAAUUGCGCCCGAACGGUCCUGACGGAGAAUGGGAAGAGCGCAAGCAUUUCGUCAGGUGGUAA